GAUUUCAGUUAGAAUCAGAUCGUCGUUGUACUGAGAGCUCCGGCAUUGGUUCACGGCGAAGCUGGCGAGUUAUCUGAAACGGAGAGGUUACUGAUCUGAAUUGUUGAAGAUCGGAAAAUGACAGAAUCGAGUCUGGAUCUGCAGGAAUCUGGUUGGGAAGAACUUAGGCGGGAAGCUCGUAAAAUCGAAGGAGAUCUAGACGUUAAGCUCUCUUCUUACGCUAAGCUUGGCGCCAGGUUUACUCAAGGCGGGUAUGUUGACGCUGGGUCUCCAACCGUUGGAUCGGGGAGAUCAUGGAAGUCUAUGGAGAUGGAAAUUCAAUCGUUGCUUGAGAAGUUGUUGGACAUAAAUGAUUCCAUGAGUAGAUGUGCUGCAUCUGCAGCACCCACUACAUCGGUUACUCAAAAGCUUGCUAGGCACAGGGAUAUACUUCAUGAAUAUACCCAGGAGUUUCGAAGAAUAAAAGGAAAUAUAAACUCGAUGAGAGAACAUGCUGAGCUUUUGAGUUCUGUCAGGGAUGACAUAAGUGAAUAUAAGGCUUCUGGUAGUAUGUCACCGGGUGUGCAAGUGUUAAGGGAGAGAGCUUCAAUCCAUGGAAGUAUAUCCCAUAUUGAUGAUGUGAUUGGUCAAGCUCAAGCGACAAGAGCAGUUCUUGGCUCUCAACGAUCUCUGUUUUCAGAUGUUCAAGGGAAAGUAAAAAAUCUCGGAGACAAAUUCCCAGUGAUUCGUGGCUUACUUGGUUCAAUUAAAAGGAAACGUUCUCGGGACACCCUUAUCCUCUCUGCUGUCAUCGCUGCUUGUACGUUGUUUCUAAUCAUCUACUGGCUCUCAAAAUAAACAGAAUGUUCAUACACCUAAACUAUAAAACGAGUUUGCCUCG